UUCUCUUCACUCUAUUUCCAGGAACGAGCUCACAUUGGGACAGCCCACUGAGAGACUUUGUGUUUUUUUAACUAAUAUGUUCACUGGGGCUCGCAGAGGCAAAGUCCAGAUGUUAGUAGACCGAGGAGUUACAAGUGGAAUUUGCAGUCUAUAAAGAAAAGAGUGUACUAAAUUUCUGACCGGAGGCGAGAAACAGACUUCAGAAAGAACUUUCUGCAGGAUAUUUGUUCCGGUCACUAAAAUCUUUCAACUCCAGCCAUGUCGGAGGACAAAGACUUGUCCUACGGAGAGGCCAUCCAGGAGGCCAGCAACUCCAUCAUCCGCUUCCCUGUGAUCCCCGUCAAAGGAGUUCCUCUCAUGAAUUUGAUCGCCAACAACUUUGACGCCGUCUCAGCUUUCUGUCCGGACUCCUCCGACCUCCUUAUCGCCACCUACCCGAAAGCGGGGACGACAUGGACCCAGGAGAUAGUUGACCUGCUUCUUCACAACGGGGAUGCUGAGGCAUGCAGACGGGCGCCCACGCCAAUCCGAAGUCCGUUCCUGGAGAUUUGCAGCCCGCCACCCAUCCCUUCAGGUCUUGACCUCCUGAAAAAACAGGCUCCCCCAAGAAUAAUUAAGACACAUCUGCCGUUUCAGCUGGUUCCGACUGGCUUUUGGGAAAAAAAGUGCAAAGCUAUCUACAUAGCACGAAAUGCUAAGGACAACAUGGUGAGCUACUACUACUUUGAUCAGAUGAAUCUGACCCAACCUGAGCCUGGACCUUGGGAGGGCUACAUCCAUAAAUUCAUGCGUGGAGAGUUGUCAUGGGGCUCUUGGUACGAUCACGUGAAAGGUUACUGGGAAGAACGAGAAAAGAAAAACAUCCUUUACCUCUUCUAUGAAGACAUGAAAGAGAAUCCCAAACGUGAAGUGGAACGCAUCAUGAGGUACCUGGAUUUGUCCCUCUCUGAUGAUGUCAUCAGAAAGAUAGUUGAGCUGACAACCUUCAAAUCCAUGAAGGAGAACCCAAUGGCCAACUAUACAUUCAUUCCAAAGAUUGUUUUUGACCAAUCCAUCUCCAACUUCAUGAGAAAAGGAGAAGUUGGUGAUUGGAAAAAUCACUUCACGCCCGAGCAAUCAGCGGAAUUUGAUGAAGAUUACGAGAAGAAAAUGAAGCACGCUAACAUACCGUUCAGAACGGAGCUCUAACAAACUUGUUUUGUUGUGUUGUCGCUCAUUACAAUUCCAAUAUAAUCUCAAAACAAAUUUGAAUAUAGUUGGUUGGACGGGAAGCUAGCUAAAGGUGCUACACAGGAACAUUCUGCGAGUGUAUAGUUAACUUCCAAGUAUAAAAUGGAAAAUUAGAAAUAUGACUGACAUUACGUUUAUAUGCAAUGGCGCUUUGUUACAGGACAUGUGGUUACAUAGACAUUAGAACCUACUAUUUGGCAAAAUAUUUAACGAAUGUAUCGAAUUUGAUUUUGCAGUAUUAACUUUACAGACUCGUGGAAGUCACGGGUAACGAAAAAAAUGUGGUCACACCCAGUGUUUAUUCAACAACAAAUGCGGAAUACAAGAUCAAUUGAGACUGGUGAAGAACAAAGAAAUGCAUUAUUGUAAAACUUCUAACACGCUUGGAAGUCCUUCAAAGGCUUCUGCUCUCUUUGGAUCACGUUCCAAAUAAAUCAUGACAUCACAUUGAAGUGAAAAAAAUUUUGUUUGUAAUUUGUUCCGUGUUGUGAAGCUAGCUAAAUAUGCUACAUAUGAAUAGGGAGAAAAUAAUGAUUAGGUUAAAAUUCACUGUACAGGAGUCCAAUGUUUUUGCAUUUAAUUAACAAAACAAAAUGAAAAAUUUUAAUGUUAACAUAAAUUGAAAAGUACAGUAAUGAAACUAGUUUACAAAUUGCUUUAUUAGUAAAAAUGGCAGCUCCAGAAAAUUCAAUUACAUCAUAACAUUGUUCGUGUUUUGUUAUACAGUGGGAAAAAUAAGUAUUUAGUCAACCACUAAUUGUGCAAGUUCUCCCACUUGAAAAUAUUAG